AUGGCCAUAAACAUUGGACAGCUCAACGCGCAACUAGCUGACAGCAAGGCUCGUCUGGAAGCGGCCCGAAUCAGAAACGACCAGCGACUGAAAGAUGCCAAAAGACACAAAUCCAACUCCAUCGGACGCCCCAGAUGGGUAUCUCCGACCAGUUACAGAGCGGGACAGGACUCUGCACAGCUCAAACACGCCAACCGGAUCACUUCUGGCUACAGGGACGCCAGUACACACGCUACAAAAGAUGCCCAACAGAGAAGUGAAAAGUUUCGACAAAAACCCCAAACUGAAGGCCAACGGACGUCAUAUGCUUUAUCUAAAGCUACCCCGAGAAAUGUCCCUUCAAUAAGACACGUCCAGCCUGCCAAAUACAAAAGAACCACUCCACAGUUGGACUCAGCAAGACUACAGCAGACUGUUAGACGAAUGGCGACUACUGAGAAACAGUCCAAAAGUAGAUUUUGCCGGGAAAACAGCAUCCUUACGUCGACCGUCACCGACCCCCGUCUCAGUUUCUCAGAGGCUCUAGCUACAUCUUCCCCCAACGUCAGCCGGGCCGAGGAGGAAGAUGUGGCGGUUUUGGCAGUCCGGUCGGCUAAAACAGCUCUAAAAAGCUAUCUAAACGGCACUAUUUCUCUCAGUCCACAGCUAUUGUUGCAGUUGAUUAAUUGUGUUUGUCAGGACUGA